AUGUCUUCUUCUCUAAAAAUCCCAUCUGAAAUUGAUUAUGACACUACUAGAGCUGAUCCAUUAUAUGAGCGCCAGUGGUACUUCAAUCUGUCUUCCCUGAUGGAUAUCGAAUGGAAUGCUUCCUCCAACGGCAUGGUGGGAGGCUAUCUUCACGAAGAACCCAUGAUUCCCUUCUGCUUGCCUCAUGAUGGGACCGCUUCGUAUUAUGAGGAUGCAAUCGCGGGUUUCAACGACGCUUUUGUCCCAAACAACUUCCCCUCACAGAACCAGAUGAUGACGCUGUCCUCGCCCUUUGGCCCCAAAGACCCAAUCAUCCCAGGUGCAGGAUCCUUAAAAAAUGCUCUCUCUCUUAUGGCGAAAUAUUUCGCUGCAAAAUCGGCUAGCAGGCUUGAAGCAUUGGAACAUCUGGAGCGAAAUUUUGACUGCUUGUCUAGUCAAUUUCAGAAUCUGAAGCGAAUUGUUGACUGCGUGUCUAGUCAAUUUCAAGAUCUGAAAGCCCAAUUCGGAAUCAAGUAUCGACCUGUUCUCACUGCCUGUAACCGUUGGUCACCAACGGCGCGUAAGGAUGGACAUGGAUUGGAUGCGCCACCCAAAAUGAAUGGCCAGCCCGAAAUUGAAUUACCCCAAGCUGAGGUCGCCGAAAAUGAUGAAAGCCAUUUCCGCGUCUUUGUUGACAGCCGUUCCAUAAAAUACAUUACCAUUGAGCCAGGCAUUUACAACUCUGAAAAUAUGUGUUUUGGCCCUUCUUUAGUGCCGCUCUUGCCAAGAUUCCCCCCGGGAGACUGGAAUGAUGGGCUGAACACCUGGCAUGAAAUCUUUAUCGACUAUUCGGAGCUUUUGGUCGGUCGAAAGCUACGAACGGGUAUCUAUGAAACCAGAGCUUCGUCAUUCCAUGAUAUUGUCGUUGUAAAAUUCGCUCGUUUCCCUUGGGAGGUGCAAUAUAUUGAAAAUGAAACCACGGCGUAUCAAUGGAUAGUCGGCCAUGAUAUCGGACCCCGAUUCUUGGGUCACUUGACUGAAAACGGUCGAGUAAUUGGGUUCUUACUGGAACGUAUUACCGAUUCUCGGCACGCUGGCGCUCAGGACACUGAGAUCUGCGAGGAGGUAUUAUCUCGACUGCAUGAUUUAGGGGUCCGGCACGGGGAUACCAACCGAUCUAAUUUUCUUGUCCGUGAUUCGAGGGCUACUUUGAUUGAUUUCGAUACAGCUCAGAAAUUUGCUAAUCGUGAAGUGCUUCUACAAGAGUUGAAAGAUCUAAGCAUGUGCCUCAAAAGUUCAUCAGGCCGAGGAGGUGGGGGCGUUCUUUGA